CCAGCCCCCAACCCUCCUCGGCCUCACCCUCUAUGUAAGGCCCGAGGCUGCGGCCCUGCCGCUACGGCGGCGGGAGUUUGCGAUCCUGCUAGUUCGGCUGACAGUCACCCGGUCAGUCUCUCUCCCGGUCGCACAGUGGAGGCCCGACGCGCACGCGCACACGGUUUCUGCGCCCCGCGUCUGCGCGCCGCCGCGUACCCCAACUCCGCGCCGCGCGCCGCGGGUUGCUGAGGGUGGAAUGCAGGAGUACGACGAGGUGACCGCCUUCCUGGGCGAGUGGGGGCCCUUCCAGCGCCUCGUCUUCUUUCUGCUCAGCGCCAGCAUCAUCCCCAACGGCUUCACCGGCAUGUCAGUCGUGUUCCUGGCGGGGACCCCGGAGCACCGCUGCCGGGUGCCGGACAGCGCGAACCUGAGCAGCGCCUGGCGCAACCACAGUGUCCCGCUGCGGCUGCAGGACGGCCGCCAGGUGCCUCACAGCUGCCGGCGCUACCGGCUCGCGGUGAUCGCCAACUUCUCCGCGCUCGGGCUGGAACCGGGGCGCGACGUGGACCUGGAGCAGCUGGAGCAGGAGAGCUGCCUGGAUGGCUGGGAGUUCAGCCAGGACGUCUACCUGACCACGAUCGUGACCGAGUGGAACCUGGUGUGUGAGGACGACUGGAAGGCCCCGCUCACGACCUCCUUGUUUUUCGGGGGCGUGCUGCUGGGCUCCUUCAUUUCGGGGCAGCUCUCGGACAGGUUCGGUCGGAAGAACGUGCUGUUUGUGACCAUGGGCAUGCAGACGGGCUUCAGCUUCCUGCAGAUCUUCUCCAAGAACUUCGAGAUGUUUUCCGUGCUGUUUAUCCUCGUAGGCAUGGGCCAGAUCUCCAACUACGUGGCCGCGUUUGUCCUGGGCACAGAAAUUCUUGGCAAGUCAGUGCGUAUCAUAUUCUCUACGUUAGGAGUGUGCAUAUUUUAUGCCUUUGGCUACAUGCUGCUGCCACUGUUUGCUUACUUCAUCAGAGACUGGCGGCUGCUGCUGCUGGCGCUGACGGUGCCGGGGGUGCUGUGCGCGGUGCUGUGGUGGUUCAUCCCUGAGUCCCCCCGAUGGCUCAUCUCUCAGGGACGAUUUCAAGAGGCCGAGGUGAUCCUCCACAGGGCGGCCAGAAUCAACGGGAUCGUGGCACCCACCACCAUCUUUGAACCGAGUGAGCUACAAGACCUAAGUUCCAAGAAGCAGCAUUCGCACAGCAUCCUGGAUCUGCUGCGAACCCGGAACAUCCGGAUGGUCACCAUCAUGUCCAUAAUCCUGUGGAUGACCAUAUCGGUGGGCUAUUUCGGGCUCUCCCUGGACACACCGAACUUGCACGGUGACGUCUAUGUGAACUGCUUCCUGUCGGCAGUGGUGGAAGUCCCGGCGUAUGUGCUGGCCUGGCUGCUGCUGCAGCACCUGCCGCGGCGCUACUCCAUGGCCACUGCCCUCUUCCUGGGCGGCAGCGUGCUCCUCUUCGUGCAGCUCGUACCCCAAGACUUGAAUUAUUUGUCAACCAUCCUGGUGAUGGUGGGCAAGUUUGGAAUCACUGCAGCCUUCUCCAUGGUCUACGUGUACACAGCCGAGCUGUACCCCACUGUGGUCAGAAACAUGGGCGUGGGAGUCAGCUCCACGGCGUCCCGCCUGGGCAGCAUCCUGUCUCCCUACUUCAUUUACCUCGGUGCCUACGACCGCUUCCUGCCCUACAUUCUCAUGGGCAGCCUGACCAUCCUGACAGCCAUCCUCACGCUGUUCCUCCCGGAGAGCUUCGGCACCCCGCUGCCAGACACCAUUGACCAGAUGCUAAGGGUCAAGGGAAUAAAAUACAGGCAAACCCCAAGCCACACAAGGAUAUUAAAAGAUGGUGAAGAAAGCCCGACAGUCCUUAAAAGCACAGCCUUCUAACACCCUCCAGGGAGUGAGACAGUGAAGAGGAAAGACUGCGUCCCAUCAGAAAUGGUUUGUGUCGAUGCGGAGUCCUUCAGUGACAAAGGCCUUUGCUGUUCAUUCUGUUGACCCUGUGUCUGACUUGCUCGCAGAUGGGCACCUGGACUUGGAGGCUGCGUGUGGCCUCCAGCGACGCGUGGCUGUCAACAGAGAACUUCAGAGAAGUCCUAAUACAGUGACGGACAGGCCAUUUCCUAAGCAGUUAACUAGAACCAGUGGGAUUUGGAAGAAUAUGAGAGGCAUCUGCUAAAUUUACAUUUUAAUUUCAGACUUCCUGAAAAAGGACCCCCCAUAAAAAUGGAGGUCUAAAUCCCACGCCCACUCCCGAAAUCUUUCCCUCUAAAGGUUCGCUUUAGAGGAAAAGAAAUCAUUUCACAGGGAGUUUGAGUUCUCACACUUUCUCAAUUACAAAGGUUAUUCACUGGGAGUUGCUGCCCUAACGCGGAAGCGCCCAGGUCUGGGGAAACCUGCUGAUGCCUCACAGGCACAGAACACAGGCCGGCGCGUUGGCUUGUGAGCCCUUGGACCACUCAGUGGGACUACUCGGUAGACUUGUUUACAUCUGAUCAAAGCACUGGGCUUGUCCAGGCCCGUAACAGAUCCAUCACGAACCUACUGUUCUCGUUUUUCUGUCGGGUGAAUCAAAGCUCCUAGCCAUCACAGUUUCGAUGCAUGGUUUGAAGGAAGUGCAUCAGUAAGAAAGAGAGAGACAAGCAAAGUUGUCUCUUCUCUCAAAACUAUAAUGUAGAGUUGGUUUGUGCAUUGUCUGUUUGUUGUUUAUUUGGGUUUUUUUUUUCUCCUUAAAUUAUUUACCCUUCAGAAUAGUCUUACAGAAGACUGGUUCCUUAGUCUCCUGGUUUGUGUCUUGUCUUGUCAGCCCCGAAUCACCCUGGUAAUGGUGUGCAGCUGCCACCUGCGCAAGGCCUUAGCACUUUUAGCCACCAGCACUUCUCAGAUCCCCAAAACUGAUGUCCUUGUGUGGUUUCCUCGUGUGAUACCUAAUCAUGGGAAAAAAUUACAAAGAAGAAAAUUCAGUCACGUUCAGUUGUUCAGAGUUGCUCGCUUCAGUCAUGUGCCAUUGGGAGACGUUUGUGUUCGGUGUACCCGGCUCCCCUUUUCUGACGGUCGCCGUGGUUACCAUGGUACUCCUGCCGCAUAUCCUUCACCUGGUUGAAACCCACAUGUUUGGGAAAGCUACUGAAGUGCCUUGGGAAAUGAACAUGUUUUAA